GGGAAAUAACUUCAACAAAAAUAAUCUCCCGCCAUGAGCAAACGUUACCGAAUUGAUCAAGACAAUAUUUACGCUUAGAAUCAUGCCUCCAACACAGGAUUCAGAAGAUGACACCUUAAAGAUACUAGUUGCCACUGAUAUUCACCUUGGCUAUGCAGAAAAAGAUGGAAUUAGAGGAAAUGAUUCAUUAGUAUCUUUUGAAGAAAUUCUAGAAAAUGCCAAAAAGCAUGAUGUUGAUUUUAUCCUUCUUGGAGGAGAUCUGUUUCAUGAGAACAAACCACCCCGCAGAAUAAUGCAUGGAUGCAUUUCUCUGUUUCGUAAGUACUGUAUGGGUGAUAAACCUGUUCAGUUUGAAUACCUUAGUGAUCAAUCAAAAGAUUUCAACCAUUGUCAGUUUCCAUAUUUGAAUUAUGAAGACCCAAAUUUAAACGUUUCUAUCCCUGUAUUUUCAAUACAUGGUAACCAUGAUGACCCAACAGGCCAAGGAAACCUUUGCACACUGGACAUUCUGCAUACCUCAGGGUUUGUCAAUUACUUUGGAAAACACACAUCUCUAGAGAAGAUAGAAAUGAGUCCUUUGCUGUUGCAGAAAGGUUCCACCAAACUAGCCAUGUAUGGACUAGGUUCUAUCAGAGAUGAAAGGUUGCACAGAAUGUUUUUAAAAAAGACGGUUUCAAUGUUGAGACCUAGAGAAAAUCAAGAAGAAUGGUUCAAUAUGUUUGUGAUACACCAAAAUCGAUCCAAACAUACCACAACAAACUACAUUCCUGAACAAUUUCUUGACGAUUUUCUAGACCUUGUGAUUUGGGGUCAUGAACAUGAAUGUAGAAUUGAACCAGAAUGGAACAGUGUUCAGAACUUUUAUGUCAGUCAGCCAGGUAGCAGUGUUGCUACAUCACUAAGUGAGGGGGAGACUGUCAAGAAACACAUUGGAUUACUGCAGAUAAAAGGUAAAAAUUUCAAGAUGACAAAAAUUCCACUGGAGACAGUUCGUCCGUUUUACAUGGAGGAUGUUGUGCUUAGUGAUACUAGUCUGGAUCCUCAAGACCACAACAUAGCCAAGAAGGUGGAAGCUUUCUGUGCUGAAAAGGUGGAAGGUUUAUUGGAGAAAGCAGAAUCUGAGCAUUCUGGAAACAGCAAGCAGCCAGACAAGCCACUGAUAAGACUGCGUAUUGACUACAGCGGGGGGUUCGAGCCUUUCAGUGCCCAUAGGUUUGGACAGAAAUUUAUUGACAAAGUUGCCAACCCCAAGGAUAUGGUACAGUUUCAACGAAAAAAAGUCCUGGCUACGAAAUCUGAUUCUAAAGAAGACAUGGGUGACCUAGGAGCCAUUAAAGCUGAUGCUUUGGACACGUCUAGAGUAGAGGACAUGGUCAAGGACUACUUCAGCAGUUCUGAUUGUAAGAUGCAGCUGAAGUUGCUGACUGAGAAGGGCAUGGGUCAGGCUGUACAGGAAUUUGUGGACAAGGAGGAGCGCGAGGCCAUCUCAGAACUUGUCAAGUACCAACUCCAGAAAACACAGACUUACCUGAAACAGAGAAAUGCAAAUGAAGAAAUCAUAGAUGCUGAGGUGACUCGGUACAAGGAGGAGAGGAAGAAGAAGAAAGAGGAUGAUGAGGAAGUGAGAGAGGCCAUUAAAAGGGCUCGGGCCAAUCGCUCCCAGCAGGAAGAUGAUGAUGAAGAAGGGCAGGUCAGUCCACUAGACUCGGAUGACAAUGAGGAACCAGCAGUCCGUGGGAGGGGCCGGGGACGUGGCAGGGGCAGAGGCAGGGGGGCAUCUGAACCAAAGAGCCGGGGCAGGGGUUCUCGAGGUGGCAGGGGAGAGGGAACAACCACCAGAGGAGGGAGAGGGAGAAAGAAGGAAGCUGUUGUAGUAGAGAGUCAGAACAGAAGCAUCAUGGAUGCCUUUGGAGCUACAUCGCAGAAGUCUAAGAAAGCAACAAGUUCCAGGAGACACCAGAUGUCUGAAUCUGAUGAUGAUAUUCUGAAUAUAUCUGAUGAGGAUGAUGAAUUCAGUAAUAUCUCCUCAUCCUCAAGUAGGAAGAAACAGCCUGUAGCCAACACUUCCUCAAAUAGAAAAAACACAAGUUCAAACAAAAAACGAGGUGUGGCAUUCGAUGAUGAUGAUGACGAUGACGAUUUAUUUCCAACCAGUAAACGUAGAAGAUGAGAUCCCUUGUGUGACGAGGAUAAUGUGUACCAGCACACACAGGUGAUGAAAUUCUCCAGGUUGCUCUAUCAAAUAAGAACAAGUCAACUUUUACAGCUGAAAUUGAAAAUGACACUUCAUCAAAUUGUAUAUAACUUGUCCAUUUUCAAAUUGGUGUGAUAAUCAUUGAAAGAUUACCUCAUAAGUAUAUAGGGUAUGAGGUCAAAGCCACUAAGAAUAGAGUAGCACUGGUAUAGACUCCAGCUGAUUUCAGUGAUUGACAGUUGCCACUAAUAUUUCACCAGUAUGCUACCUUAACAUGCAGUCUGCAGGGCCGCCAUUGAACUAUAACAAAGGCCUACAUAACUCCUAAUACGAAACCAACAGGCCAGCAAAGGUCCCGCAGAGCAGUAUAAACUACAAUGCUGACGGGCCAGCAAAGGUCCCGCAGAGCAGUAUAAUCUACAAUGCUGACGGGCCAGCAAAGGUCCCGCAGAGCAGAAUAAUCUACAAUGCUGACAGUACACCCACAUAUCAGCAAGGGCCCUGUCAGGCAGUGAACUGUACAUUAUAUACUAGUACAAAUGUACACCCACAAGUCAGCAAGGGCCCUGUCAGGCAGUGAACUGUACAUUAUAUACUAGUACAAAUGUACACCCACAAGUCAGCAAGGGCCCUGUCAGGCAGUGAAUUGUGCAUUAUAUACUAGUACAAAUGUACAACCACAAGUCAGCAAAGGCCCUGCAGAUUGUGUAGUUAGUAAAUAGCAGACAGGCAGAUAACAAAGGGAGCUAAGGUGGUCAUUGAGAAAUGGGGAAGAAGUAGUCUAGAUUGAAGCAUCAUGCAAGAACAGUGUGUCUCAUGCAUAUCUGAUUUCUUUACUGUAUAGCAGUUAUAAAUUUCGCAGGGGUUUUAAUUUCGCUUUAUUUGCCCUUUGACUAAUAUCCGCGAGUUCUAAACACCAGCGAAAAUAUAGGCAAUGUUAACCACUUUUAUGGUCCUUAUCAACAUGUUGAAAAUACUGUUAUGCAAGCUUAAAUUAACUCUAAUCAGAUUAACCGGGCAGUCCAUGUAAAAACAACACUUACAUAUAAGUUGCCACAACGUAUUGAUGUGUACACAGUAGGUGAUUAAUUGGUUACAGUUUACUCCUACAAAGGUACAUACACAUUUCUUUUUUUUUAAUUCGAGUGAAGUCAGUGUUUUCAGACAGUUUACCUGUAUUUUGAGGUUUGACCCUAAAAUGACACCACUCAAAAUACUUUGCACGACAAAAGGUAUUCGGGUGCACAGCCAAAUUUAAACCCCGCGAAUAUGUACUGAAUAGGAAACCAUGAAAUAUUGACCCCACAAAUUUAAAGCGCUAUACAGUACUUCAAAAGCUAAUGUCACAGCAUGGCAAAAAGGUCACCAAUGAUUUACAAAACAUUCAGAUUAUCUGUAUAGUAUCGGAGACAGUUCAUAAAUGAUGUGUACCUAGUACAACUGUCAGAUUCUUUGUUCUUUCUAUAAUCUGGUUGAUCAACUUUCACUUCUCCAAUAUAUAGUCUGGUUGAUCAACUUUCACUUCUCCACUAUAUAGUCUGCGUAAUUAGCUUUUUACAAAUCUGUAUCAGACUCAAAUAUGCUGCUCUGGUUGCUUAGUUCUCAUUGUUUGUGAUGGUUGAAUUUCAUGUUGUUGUGAAAGAAUUUACUUUUUGUUACCAUAUUGACGUUGUUCAUGAAUACAUUUCUGGAGGA